AUGAUGAUGGAGAAGAUAACAUCGAACCAAAAUUCUAUUUCUGACUUUGAAUCUUCAAUAAUUUCAAAUACAAGUGUGAACAAUGCUAAUCGUCCUAUUAAUGGAAAACGGGCUAGAAAAUUAAAAGAUACACUAAAAAAUCUCCAAACAAGUCAUGGAUCAAAAUUAAAUACAAAACAUGAUAGACAUAAUUUAAUGUCGGCUUAUGAAAGUCAUACUUCUUUUGAAUCUACUAAUACUAAUACAUCAAAAACAUAUGCAUCAAAACUAACUAUUAAAGAAGCUGAAAAUUUUCGUCAACAUAUUGAAAAGAAAUAUGAUGACUUACAGAGAAGUGAAAUAAAUUAUUAUUAUUAUUAUAUAAAUGAUCAGUCUGCGAUGUUACGCGCACGUGAUGUACUUAAACAAGCCAUUGAUGGAACCUUUUUUGUUCGGUCAGCUGAAGAAAGUGAACGAACUUCGAAUAUUGAAUAUUAUCUUGAUUUUGUUUCUCACAAAAAAAUUGUCGAAGUACCAAUUUGUUGUGAUAAGGAACAUCGAACAUUUUGGUUUCUUUCCGGAUGUGGUCAUAGUUCUGAAGUAAGACGAGUAUAUACUGGUAUCGAUAUACUCAUUCGACAUAAACAAGAAAAUCAAUUUUAUGAAUUACAAUAUCCAAUUCGAAUUUGUCUAUACCGAUCAAUUGAACCAACAAUCACUACGUGUAUUCCACUACCUGAUGAAGUUCGUGCCAUGAGUUGUCAAAAUACUAUUCUUCAUGUAUUAGCUACGAAAGAUUUAUCAUCAUACUUUAAGGAACUUAUUAGAAUAUUGAAAAAUGAUCUUGAUCCUCUACGAAAAAAAAGCUUUGUUUAUCCUAAAUAA